CAGGAUGGGACUAAGGUUCAAGAACUGUUCUUCUGCAGCAGAUAAGAUUUUUGCUCAGAAGAGAUGUUAUUGCCAUCCUUAGGCAUGUGAACCUUGUUGCUUUAAGAGGCUAUCGUAACGCAGAGGUGAUUUCAGAAAUCAUCAGGACACCAGAGAAUCAUUGGUUGUGAUUUGGUGUAGAAUGGGAGCCUCCAUGGCCAUCUUUUUGGUCCGGUAAAGAGAAAACUGAGUUGGCCUGUUCGUCAAAAGAUUCUCCUUGGAAAUGCUCACAGGAUUAGCUUAUUUACAUUUUGUUGUGCAGGCAUCAAUCAUUCACAGAGAUGUUAAAGCUAGUAAUCUACUGUUAAAUGAGACAUUUGAGCCACAACUGGCUGAUUUUGGUUUGCAAAGUUUACUCCUGAUGGAUUAUCGCAUUUGAGCACCACCGUAAUGGGUAAUCUUGGUUACGUUUCCUCAGAGUAUCCUUUGCAUGGGCAAUUAAUUAACUGAUAGGGCGUCUACAGUUCUGGGGUUGUGCUUCUUGAGCUAUUGUGAGGGAAGGAAGCAGUUAUUUCACUUAACAAGGACGAAACUUCGCUUUUGACAGAUUGGAUUUGAUCACUAGUAAGGGAAGGUAGAAAAUUUGAUGUUAUCGACAAAACCAUGCUCGAAUUGGGUCCUCCUGAAGUUAUGGAGAGAAGUAUGUUCUGGUUGGAGUUCUGUCUUCUCAUCCACUAUUGCAUGCUAGGCUGACAGUGGUCCAGAUUGUGACGAUAUUGGAGACUGACUCUGCAAUUCCUUCUAUUCCCAUCAUCCGUUUUCAAUCUUAGCAACAGGGAAGAUGGUGUAGACAAAAGCUUUGCUGCUUCAAGUGUGAUCGAUCAGACAUUCGAAGUGGUCUUCAUUCGGCUCCAGAAAGUAUAACACCUCCACAAGCUCUGAAAAGAAGGUCAGAAUCAUCAGUUCCAACCAAGAAAACAUAGGAUCAUGAGCAUGCCAUAUUUGAUGAUCUUUCUUCUUCUUGGGAAAGGCUUCGGUUUCUUUAAUGCUAGUUUUUGCUCAGCAGGUGACAAUGAAAACCCAAGAAGACAACUCAGCAACUUUACCUGUCCCUUGGAUUUCAGGUCUCAACGAGAAUUAAUGAUCAACAACCUCCAGCGACUUGCUUUUGUUGAUGUUCCAACAGAGUGCCAAGCGAUUGUUCACUCAACUCGAUUGAUUCGAUCAUAUUACCUUAAAUCGACCGGGUACUUCUAUCCACCUUUUAAUACUUCAGAUGCAUGUUGGAACUCCUAUCUAGAUUUAGUUCACGAGUUCAUUCCUGAGUUCAACUUGCAAUCCACUUGUGGAUUUAACGCCGGUUUGAUCGCACAGGGUUGUUUGAAUGUUUCAACUCAAUCACAAUUUGAAACUCUAAUUACCAAUUCUGAAUUACAAGAUAUUAGGCUUUCUUGUAACCAGUCUUUAGCGGAUAACUCCUCUUGUGCUUCAUGUCUGAGCACUUUGUCUCGUGUUCAGACAGCUCACUUUACUGGUCCUGGUGUUUCCAAUACUUCGGAUUGUGCUUCAUAUCCAUACGUAUAUGCUGCUGCAGUAGCUAAUAGAGAUGGACCAACUGAUUCAAACACUGUUAGAUGCUUGUUAUCGAUUAGUUUUGAUCCGAGAAAUUCUCAUGCAAAGAAGAAACAUCUGACUGAAAUGUGGUGGGGUCUGGCAUGGUGUACCUGUGGCUUGUUUGGGGGAGUUGUGAUUGUCUGGUUUAUCAGCAGAAGAAAGAAGAGAUUGAUAAAAAGAAAAAGUAAAUGGAAAAGAAACAUGGCUCAUGAUGAGAUGGUUUCACAUUUGGAGAUGGAAAUGAGUAGUGUAAAUAGUGCAAUCACUAAGUUCACAAUUGAGGAAAUCAAGAAAGCUACAAACAAUUUCUCAAGGGACAAAAUUAUUGGAAUGGGAGGAUACGCGAAUGUUUACAAAGGUAUAUUGGAGGAUAGGACCAUGGUUGCAUUGAAAAGGUUCAAGAACUGUUCUGCCAUCGGUGAUGCAAAUUUUGCACAUGAGGUUGAGGUUUUUGCUAGCGUAAGGCAUGCGAAUAUUGUUACUUUGAGAGGAUAUUGUACCACAGCAGCACCUGCGGAGGGAUGCCAAAGAAUCAUUGUUUGUGAUUUGGUGCAGAAUGGGAGCCUCCACGACCAUCUUUUUCAACCGGGAAAGAAAAAACUUAGUUGGCCAGUUCGUCAAAAGAUUGCCAUCGGAACUGCUCGUGGGUUGGCCUAUUUGCAUUUUGGGCUAAAUCCUGCUGUCAUUCACAGGGAUGUCAAAGCCAGCAACAUUCUGCUUGAUGAAGCAUUUGAGCCAAAACUGGCUGAUUUUGGGCUUGCAAAGUUCACUCCUGACGGAUUUUCUCAUUUGAGCACAAAGGUAGCUGGUACUCUUGGUUAUGUUUCCCCAGAGUAUGCUUUGUAUGGUCAAUUAACAGAGAAAAGUGAUGUCUACAGUUUCGGGGUCGUGCUUCUCGAGCUAUUGAGUGGGAAGGAAGCAUUUACUUCUGCUGACAAUGGUGAAACUUCACUUUUGACAGAUUGGGCCUGGUCGCUAGUAAGGGAACAUAGAACCUUAGCUGUUAUCGAUGAAACCAUGCCUGAAUUGGGUCCUCCUGACAUUAUGGAGAAGUAUAUUCUGGUUGCAGUUCUAUCUUCACAUCCAUUAUCACAAGCUAGGCCAACAAUGAACCAGAUUGUGAAGUUAUUGGAGACUGACUCUCUAAUUCCCUCCAUCCCUGACCGUCCCCGUGAUCUGCAACCAUUCUUAGCUACAAGCAACAGCACAUUCUACAUUCUACAAGCAACACAAGAAGGUGAGAAUAAGUUCCUUUUGUUGUUGUGUAAUACAAGCAAUCAUAGUUUAGAUCUUCUCGGUUGUCGGCUUCAGAAAAAUGUAUCAGAUUAA